AGGAGGAGAAGCUGCAGCAUUGACUGUUGUGUUUUCUGCCUCUGAAACACGCUGAUUUUUUAUCAUGUCACGAAAACCCAAAGAUGAAUACUACCGUUUCUUUACCGUGACCGACCCACGCACACACGAGAAGGGACACACCGAGUACAAAGUGACAGCAAGGUUUGUCUCCAAGCGUCAUCCAGAAGAUGUGAAGGAGGUGGUCGUGUGGAGGAGGUUCUCGGAGCUGAAGAAGCUCCAUGGGGAGUUGGCCUACACUCACAGGAACCUGUUCAGGAGACAGGAGGAGUUUCCGUCUUUUCCUCGAGCACAAGUUUUUGGAAGGUUUGAUGAGGCCGUGAUUGAAGAAAGGAGGAAUGCCACCGAGGCCAUGCUUCUGUUCACUACCAGCAUACCUGCACUCUACAAUAGUCCACAGCUCAAGGACUUCUUCAGAGGCGGUGAAGUCACAAGGCCUCUGGAUGCCGCUCCUCUGUCCUCUGCCGGGCCCCUGCCUCCCCCUCUCAUCCCCCUCCCCAAGCGGAGGGACUCAGACUGUGAACCAGCAGAGGAGGAGGAGGGGAUGGAGGCUCCGACCUUACCCCAGGACCUGGGCACCAACCUGGGCUUAGAAGUGGGAGAACCGGAGGUGGCGGCUGAGGCUUACAGCGAGAUGGGAGGCUCUCCGAAUGAAGAGCAAGAAGAAGAGGAGCUCAGCGAUACAGAGCUGGAUGACAGAGUUCCAUCUCCUCUCCAAUGCCCAGACAGAAACCACCAAUCACAGGAGUCCCAGGAAGAAUUUGAUACACUGUUUGACUCUUUGGCAGAAGAGCAAGUCCCAUCCCCAAAAGAGGAAGGUCCACCUCCUCUGACUGAUAAUGACCUGGCUGUCUUUGAUCCCUGCUAUAAACAAGAUAAAUCCAAUUCCUCCAGUGACCACUCAGAAUUGUUCUCACUGCCGCCUACCAGUCUGGACGGAGUGGACGUGGGUUACUUAAACCAAGCCGCCACUGAGCUAACAGCUGCAAUGGAGAGGGAGAAGGAGGGAGAGUUUAGUUCUGCCAUACGUGGAUACAGGACGGCAGUGGAUAUCCUGAUCACUGGAGUACAGGGUGAUCCAGAUCCAAAACGCAAGGAGUCUGUGAUGAGACGAACGGCCCAGUAUCUGAAGCACACUGAGAUGUUGGUCGACAGGCACUCCUCGCCCACACACACUCACACACCUACACACACACAUACACAGGAGCCUUAGAUGCACGCGCACGUUUUAUAUAAACUGUUCACACACAUGAAGACAGCUCAAAGACAAAGAAGCUCAGGGUUGUGACAUACCAACACACACACACACACACACACACACACACACACACACACACACACACACACACACACACACACACACACACACACACACACACACACACACACACUUUCUCUCUCUAUAGAAGCACCCCGAGGCAUACUUACACAAGGUAUAAGACACAGUAUGUUUACACACCUAAUUACAUUCAGGACACACACACACACACACACACACACACAUAGACACACACUCCUGAGGUACACACUACAUCGCAGACUGCUACUUUAGCUGCCUUUGCGUAGUGAAAAAUGUGUGAUUUACUUAAUCUAAAUAUAAAGUAACUGUAAACUCAAAUGGAUACACAUCCUUCAUCUCUCUCUCUCUCUUGUUUGAUUCUUACCCUCCUUUUAUAAUGUUUUCUUGUCAAAUACAGUUUGAAUUUUGCACAAACAAUGUAAUGAUUAAUAAAUAUGAAUUUAA